AUGCACUAUCAUCAAUUGUUUCUCACAUUGGUUGCAGUGGUUUUCAGCAUUUACGCUGAUCCAAGUCCACCAGUAUGGCCAAUUGCUUUUCAAGAAACAUUCAACGAAACGAGUACACUUCCCGUCGUUGGAACAGGUACAAACAUUCAAGGAACUUAUUAUUACGACUUUGACAAGAAAGCUGUUCGAAUUGACCGUUCAACAGGCAAAUACGAUCGUUACUGUAGUUCUGUCAAAUACUUCCAAGACACACCUUGCACUCAUCUCGUGGUCGAAGGUCUUCGUUAUCUUAUCUUUCCUGCCUUGAAAUCAUGCUGCAUGUGUUGCACUGCAGAAAGUGGCUGUGGCAUUGUUAAACCCGAUUGGUUAUCCGACUCGAAAUUCAUCGGAUAUAAUACAACUGAAUCAGUGAAAUAUCAAGUUUGGGAUAAAAAAGGUCUUCAAGAUAACUUCUAUUGGCAAGUCGAUGCCACUCAAGUACCAUAUGCCAUCGACCAACAACCGAAUGAUUUGAUGGUAUUCGAUGUAACUAGUUUCAAGAAAGGUGCGAUUGAUCCAAGCAUCUUUGCCUUACCUUCAUACUGUUCGAAAAGUCAUACAUGUCCUUUACUUUCUGUUUGUACUGUUGCUCGUUAG